AGUAGGGGGGGCGGGGUGAAGGACGGUCCUGGUAGUCACCGCUAUGGUGGGGCCUUUGUGCGGGCUGCGGUGGACAGCCCGCCUCCUUCGUGCCAGAAGUGGGGCAGGAGUGGCCUUCGGGGCCCGGCGUGCAAGCUCAGGGGCUCAUGGCACAUUUCGUUACCGCCAGUUCCCAGAGCUUUCGAGGUCCCAGGUGAUAAAGGCUGAAGCGAUCAGUGGUGCCAUGUGGUUCUGGAUCCUGUGGCACUUUUGGCAUUCUCCUGAAGCUGUGCUGGGCCACUUCCCUUAUCCAGACUCUUCAGCGUGGACAGAUGAAGAGCUGGGAAUCCCUCCUGAUGAUGAAUAAUAGACUUGAAUAAUCUGUUCCGAGUAGGUUCUAAAUAUUGGUAGUAUUUUUAUAUCA